AUGCUCGAAUAUGCAGAUUCUUCAAACAAAAAUAAGGAAGAGCUGCUCGUUCAACAAGAACAGCAAAGAACACAUUUCGAAUUCACAUAUUUUAAUAUGAUUUCGCGUUGUGAUUCACUCAUCGAACAUUUCGAUAAAAAUAAUCCCCAACCGUCCACAUCACAUGUGGAUGGUUCGCAAGGUGAUCACGCCUCUACACAUAGGGAAUCGCGUAUUAAAUUGCCAAAAAUCGAGCUUCCAGUGUUCACAGGUUCCUAUGAUGAUUGGUAUUCAUAUCAGGAUGUAUUUGAAAAACUAAUAUAUGCCAAUGAAGGUCUCUCGGAGAUUGAAAAAUUCCAUUAUCUACGCUCCUCACUCAAGGAUAAAGCAGCUGAAAUUAGAAAAUCCAUUGAGACCAUCACUGACAACUACAAUGACGCAUGGGCGUCGGUUAAGGAACGGUUUGAUAAUAAGCGUUGGAUAAUCCAUAAGCAUGUACAAGCUAUAUUCGACGCUCCGAUACUCAUCAAAGAAAAUCACAGUCGUUUACGCGAGUUACUAGAUGCUAUCUUAAAACAUUUACGUGCGCUUAAAGCCUUGAAAAGACCCACAGAAUCGUGGGAUGAUUUAAUCAUUCAUAUUGUCGUCUCAAAACUUGAUCCAGCAACGAGUAAGGCUUGGGAAACUAGUUUGCCCGACAAAGACGUUCCAAAUUUGAAGUCACUAAUUGAUUUUCUUUCCAAGCGUUGUCAAGCGCUUGAAACAAUUUUUAGCAAACUGUCAACUAAUCAAUCCACCAAUAAUUCAAAAUCCAUUAAGUCCAAAGGGCCUUCCGUCUCAAAUCUUGCUACAUCUAAUGUAUCUUGUCCACAAUGCAAAGAAGGUCAUUAUUUAUAUUAUUGUGAAACGUUUCUUAAGCUACCAAUAGAAAAAAGAAUUUCAGUCGUAAGGAAGGCUCAUUUAUGCAUUAAUUGUUUAAGAACUAACUCACAUCUUGCUAAGGAUUGCAAUUCAGGUGCUUGUCGUAAAUGCAGUAAAAAACACAACACAUUGUUACAUUUACCGAAUGCUGUGAAUGAUAACAAGGUUUCUAUUGAUGAUGUGGCGUCCAACAAAUCGACUUCUCAAAGCAAGGCGUCUACUCAGCCAAUUGUUACACAAUGCGUAGCAGCACAUCACUCGUUGGGCAUCAUACUAUCUACAGCUAUCGUACAUGUAUUCGAUUAUAAAAAUGAUAGACAUUCUUGUCGCGUGUUAUUAGAUAGCGGAUCUCAGAUGAAUUUUAUAACACAAGAAUUUGCUGAUAAGUUGCGUAUUAAGGAACAAUGCGUCGAGAUUGCUAUUACCGGAGUAGUGAAGGGAACUAUUCAAGCUAAAAAAAUGAUCAAUGUACAUAUACAGUCACGUUUUAAUAACUUUAACGAAAAGGUAGAAUGUAUAAUUUUGCCGCAGAUUACUCAGCAAUUGCCUCAAGCACUUGUAUUCAAACAAGACAUAGCGAUACCUAAACACAUAAAAUUAGCCGAUCCUAAUUUUAACAUACCGUCUAAUAUCGAUAUGUUGAUUGGUGCAGAGUUAUUUUGGAAACUUAUUUGCGCAGGUCAGAUUAAAUCUUCCAGAACUCAGCCAAUUCUACAAAAAACUCUUUUAGGAUGGAUUAUAUCUGGUCCGACUCCGAGCAAUAUUUCAAGCUCGAGCUCUUCAGCUUCUAAUUGUUUAGCUGUAACAACAGAUCUAAAUCGUGCGCUCAGCCGCUUUUGGGAAAUUGAUCAUUUAGGGUCAUCUACGUCCCUUACGCCAGAAGAACAAGCCUGUGAACGUCUAUUUCAGGAUACCGUAAGGCAGUAUCUACAGCUUGGCCACAUGCGUGAAGUUACUUCUCAUUUGGAAUCAACCCACAAGAAUUAUUAUUUACCACAUCACGCGGUAUACAAAGAGACGAGCACCACGACUAAAUUGAGAGUUGUUUUUGAUGGUUCCUGCAAAUCUUCAAGCGGAAUUUCAUUAAAUGAUACAAUGAUGGUUGGUCCUACGAUUCAGGACGAUCUAUUCUCAAUAUUAACAAGAUUUCGCACUUUCAAGUGCGCCUUAACUGCCGACGUCACCAAAAUAUACAGACAAGUUUUGGUAGAUCCCAAUCAAACCUCUCUUCAACGCAUUUUGUGGCGUGACUCUAUGAACGAACCAAUUCGAACUUUUGAGCUUCUCACUCUUACAUAUGGCACCGCUGCCGCAUCAUUUUUAGCCAUUCGAUGUCUUAGGAAACUCGCCGAAGACAAUGCCAUCGCAUACCCAAAGGGAUCCAAAGUCGCUUUAAGAGAUUUUUACGUGGACGAUUUGGUAACUGAUGCAAACACAUUACAAGAAGCGUUAGUUAUUAAGUCAGAGACGUCUAAAUUACUAAUAGAAGGAGGAUUUAAAUUGCGAAAGUGGACCUCUAAUGAACCCUCCCUUCGAGACAAUCAAUUUCUAGAUUCUCAAAAGGAAUUUGUUUUAUCGUGCGAUAAAGAAGACGAGACGCGGACAUUAGGUCUCGUUUGGAACUGUAAGACAGACCAUUUCAAAUUCUCAAAUAUCGCAUCUUUGCCGCCAUUGUCGACACCAUCUAAAAGAGCUAUAUUGUCAAGAAUUGCAUUAAUCUUUGACCCUCUAGGGCUACUUGGACCUACUACAGUCAUCGCUAAAAUCAUUAUGCAAGAUCUUUGGCGCCUCAAGAUUGACUGGGAUGAAUCUUUGCCCUUAGAUGUGAAUACUAAAUGGAAACGUUAUGAAGCUGAGUUACCAAUGUUAAGAAAUAUAUUUAUACCACGAAGAGUCAUUGAAUUGGAUGACUAUGUCAAGCUAGAAAUACAUGGUUUCGCGGAUGCUAGCGAGAUUGCUUAUGGAGCAUGUGUGUAUGUGCGUGUCACUGAUGCCAAUGGAAAACACUCUACUAGAUUACUUUGUUCGAAAGGUCGAGUAGCGCCCUUGAAGGCUUUAUCUAUUCCACGGCUUGAAUUAUGCGCAGCACUAUUAUUGGCACAACUCAUCGACAAGGUACUGAAAUGCCUGACUGUCAAAAUAGAUUCGGUUUACUUAUGGACCGACUCUACUAUAGUAUUAGCUUGGCUGCAAUCAUGUAGUCGAACUUGGACUACUUUUGUUGCUAAUCGCGUUGGUGAGAUCCAGCAAUUAACUACUCCACAUCACUGGCAUCAUGUCAGCAGUCAAGACAAUCCAGCAGAUCUUUAUUCAAGGGGUGUGACUCCAACAUCGCUACUUCAAUCGCAACUUUGGUGGUCAGGGCCUACAUGGCUAAAUCUCAAUAAAGGGAGCUGGCCUCAAUUUCCUUUUGUCAUAAACAAACAGGAGAUUCCUGAAUAUAAGGCUACUGCCAUCACCACGAUCGCAACGAAACAACCUUUCGACAUAUUUGAACGAUACUCAAAUUUCUUGAAGCUGACUCGCGUGGUAGCGUACAUCUUUCGAUUUUUUAACAACUUAAUGAGGAAGAUCAAACCUUCGAGAAGUUAUCCGCUACAACCUGGUGCGGAUAACAGUGUUUCGCCCGAUGAGAUAAAUCAUGCUACUCAAGUUUUGGUGAAAUUGGUCCAGAGAUUACACUUUCCCAAGGAAUUGGAACUACUCAUAAAACAACAAGAUUUGAACAAGAGUAGUCCUAUUAUACGUCUAAAUCCAUUUGUAGACGAAUCUGGAGUUUUACGAGUCGGAGGUCGGCUCAAGCUAUCUUACCUUCCAUACACUGCCAAAUAUCCAGCAUUACUGCCAGGACAUCAUCCAUUCUCACGUCUCAUUAUAAUUCACGAGCAUGAAAGACAUUUUCAUGCAGGCCCGCAAGCCACUUUGUCUGCUGUUCGUCAAAGCUACUGGCUUGUCUCUGCCAGAGAUGUAGUACGACAAAUUACACGCAAGUGUAUCACUUGCUUUCGAAGUUCUCCAAAAACGUCUUCAACGCUCAUGGGAAAUCUUCCCAGGGACAGAAUCACAGUUCCUAAACGAGUUUUCGAAAAAUGUGGAGUAGAUUACGCUGGUGCCAAACGAGAGUUAAGUGAAUUGGCGGCAUUGUUUAACGAGCAAAGGGAUCAACAACAAAUUAGCGAUUAUAUGGCUAUCAAAGGGAUCAAUUGGCAUUGCAUACCGCCUAGAGCACCUCAUCAUGGUGGGCUUUGGGAAGCUGCUGUUAAGGGAGCCAAGCGUCAUCUCAUUCGAGUAACCAAGGAAGCCCAUUUAAGAUAUGAAGAAUUAGAAACUCUGCUCAUCCAAGUUGAAGCAAUUUUAAAUUCUCGACCACUUACACCUAUGUCCUCUGAUCCAUCAGAUCUUACAUCAUUAACUCUAGGACAUUUUUUGAUAGGAAGUCCGUUAACUUCAUAUCCUGAACCAUCGAUAGAAAAACUGCCAAUAAAUCGCUUGUCACGCUGGCAACAUGUCGAACAAAUACGACAACAUUUUUGGCAAAGAUGGACUCGUGAAUAUCUACAUCACUGUCAACAACGAAAUAAAUGGAUAAUUAAAGGGAAACCAAUGCACGUCGGACAGAUGGUCCUCCUAAAAGAGGAUAAUAACUCGCCGUUAACCUGGCCUCUUGCUAAAAUAAUAGAGGUACAUCCCGGUGAUGACAAUCUUAUUCGAACCGUCACCGUACGCACAGCUAAAGGCAUCUAUAAGCGCCCUAUAACACGUUUGUGUUCUCUUCCAUUUGAGAUUUAA